AUGUUCAGCGCCAGGGUCUUUGCAACAGUUUUUGCUUCAGGAGCUAUCUUGCUCGUCCUGCAUGGGGCGUUCGAAAGCAGCAACAGUGUCAGUGUGGGUACAGAGGCGGAUGUCAGGGUAGGAGGUGUAGCCAAAGCCGUCGAACUUGGUACUAUAUGGGACCAGAUCGAGACCACUCCCGAGCUGAAGUGGACAGACUGCUACACACAACUACAAUGCGCACGGCUGCGAGUCCCUCUUAACUACUCCGAUCCGAAAGGCGCCCCAGCUUCAAUCGCUUUAAUCCGAUUCCCUUCGCCUCUGGCGGGUACAGAUGAAUACAAGGGGCCCAUCCUGCUGAACCCGGGAGGCCCGGGAGGGAGCGGCGUGCAGCUGGUCGUCAACGCCGGUCAAACCUUGUCCCAGCUCCUCGGUCCUAACUUCGACAUCGUCUCGUUCGACCCCAGGGGUGUCGGGCUGUCCGUCCCCCGCGCGUCGUUCUUCGACACGAAUGUACAGCGGGAGAUGUGGGGCAGCGUGUUCGACGUGCUGAACGCGACGAGCGACGGGCUGGCGCGUGCGUGGGGGCGUGCGCAGCUGACAGGCGGGCUGGCUGCGAAGCACGAUCAGAGGCAUGUUUUCGAGCAUAUUAAUACGGAGAAUACGGCGAGGGAUAUGCUGGAGAUCGUCGAAGCUCAUGGGAGGAAGAAGAUUCAGUAUUGGGGAUUUUCGUACGGGACAGUGCUUGGGGCAACUUUCGCCUCGAUCUUUCCGGACCGCAUUGAACGCCUGGUACUCGAUGGUGUCGUUGACUCCGAGAAUUACUUCGCUACGCUGUGGUCUAAUAAUUUACUGGACACCGACAAAACACUCCAGACAUUCUUCGACGGCUGCUUCGAGGCCGGGCCGAUCGCGUGCCCCUUCUACGAGCCCUCGCCUGCAGCCAUCUCCCGCAAGCUCGACGACCUAACGCGCCACAUCUUCCUCAACCCCGUCCCGGUCCAAACGAACAUCUCAUACGGCCUGGUCGACUACACGCUGCUGCGGCUCACGAUCUUCCAGAGUCUGUACACGCCAUAUGCGGCGUUUCCGCUCCUUGGUCGCGCUUUGGCGGACCUCGCGGAUGGGGACGGGACGCUGCUGUACCAGUUCUUCGAGCAGCCCCCGUUCGACUGUUCGUGUGGGGCGCCAGCGCCGCUGCAGCCGAUCCGCGACGGGCAGACUACAAUAUUGUGCACGGAUGGCGAAGAGGUCCGCGAUACCGUCAAGGAGCUGAGACCCUUUGUCGACGACCUGGUGGGACUGUCUCAGUGGGGGGAGGUUUGGGCUACUAUCAGGAUAGGAUGCACGGCGUGGCCCAAGCAGCAAAAGAAGCACUUCCGAGGCCCUUUCGUAGGUAAUACCAGCCACCCCAUCCUUUGGGUUGGUAAUACGGCGGACCCGGUUACCCCAGUUGCCUCAGCACACAAGAUGGCCAAGGGCUUCCCUGGAUCCGUUGUGCUUACACAAGACUCGCCAGGGCAUUGCUCCAUAGCCGCGCCAUCCUCCUGCUCGCAGCGAUACAUCCGGGAUUACUUCAUCCACGGGACACUGCCUAAGGAAGGCAUCGUGUGCCCCGUAGAUAGCCCCAUCUUCCCCCAGCCUCAGCCCCGCACGUCUGUAAAUGCAGAGUCAGAGGCAUCUCAGCAACAUUUAGGAAAGGGAAGGGGACCCGCGCCGAGCGACCCAGAGAUGGGCGACGUUUUGGAGCGCCUUCGCAAGAGUUUCCGUGUGCCGUCGCCCCUCUGGCUUGGCAUAUAG